GAAAGAGAAGAAAGUAAGAGAGAGAGAGAGACUAUACAUACACAAAUAUGAUGUAUUUAUAUAUAUUUAAUACAUCUGUAUGACUGUAUGCACAUGAAACAGCAUGUUUUGCCGUAUAUUUUAAUGUUAGCUGAGAAGUGAAAAAAAAAUGGAAGCAAAAGUGUUGCCGGGAAAGAAGGGAGAGAGAGAUAGAGAUAGAGAGAGAGAGAGAGAGUUAGCGUUUGUUCUUCAUUGCUGUAGAAGCUGCUCAGCAAGGAGAUGAUGGCUCCGCAUAUGGAGAUGCGAGCCAGAACCUUCUCCGUACUCUUCCUUUUCCUGCUAUACAUUCUCAUUCUCUUCGUUAUUUAAUUCACUCUUUAAUUUCUACUCCGUAUUUAUCUUUCUUUUCUUCUCAAUCGACGCCUAUUGGAGAAUCAAGCAAGCUAAGUUCUCUCUCCAUGUAGCUGAAAUUAACUGUUUUGAUCAUACCCAGUACCUUCUUUUCUCGGUUCUGAACUUUGUUGGGUGCCUUUUGGUGGGUUUUACUGUUUGAUUAAGGGGAUUAUUGAAGAAUCUGAUCUGGGUUUGAUUCAGUGAAAGCUCCUUAGGGUGGCAAAGUUUUGGAUCUCUUGUUGAUUGUGAUGAAAGAUUCGAUUUUGGGAUCUGAGCUUGAUGAUUCUGGGAUCGGUUGAGUUGGGUUUAUUGGGUUGAUUCUACUAUUUGAGUCUGAUAUUCAUACUGUGUAAUUGUUGUUGCUGUUUGUGCUAUAGUUGUCAUGGAAUAGGGUGUAUAUACAAUCAGAUUAGUCUGAACCUAAUGGUUCCAAUAGCCUUUCAUAUUUAGUGAAUUUCCAGGGGGAAUUUCAUUAGGUUUUGUUUUUUGUCUUGCUCUUUUUGAACCCCAAUUUUCAUCAGAAAAUCAACACAUAAAUAACUUUGAAGAGACCCACUAUUUUUAUUGUGGGUUUGAGUUUCCAUCAUUACUUGGAUUGGGUUCCCCUUUUUUGAUACCCACUAAUUUGAUAAGUCUGUGGGAAUUGUACUCUUAAGCAAUCAAAAGUGUGUUGCUUUUCCCUCUGAGGCAGAUGUGGUGAUUAUACUUGGUGGGAUACCACUGGUCUAUGGGAAUACCUGAUAGUUCAUUACCCGAUUUGAUUGGGAAGGUUAAAUCUUGGAUUUCUUGGGGAAUCAUUUAUCCAACUUAUCUGUCUGGAGGACUUGGAAUGGAUUCGAACAUAACCUGCUGUGAAUGCAAGAUGAAAUUUACCAAAUCUUGCCUGAAGUACCACUGCCAAAUUUGCAAUCGAGCUUUUUGUGGGGACUGCUUGCAGGGUAAUCAAUCCCUGGAUGUUGUUGCAUCAGGUGGUAUGGAAAACACAAAGGAAGCUGAUAUUGGUAUCAUUUCUUGCAAAUUUUGUUCUGACCUUAGCACUUGGCAUAGAAGUGCAAGGAAGUAUAGUGAUGUAAUCCAUCCUUCUGACUCUCCCAGACAAAGCCCAGAACCUCCAUCACCAAAUUAUAGUAGUGACAGGUUUGAUGGCUAUUCUCCCAAUGCUGCAAAGAGUAGUUUUGCAUCUUUUUCAAGCAAUCCGUCCUCAGUAUUUGUUCGUCGCUCACCGAGCAGGAGUGAUGAUGAUGAAGGGGAGGACUCCACAAAUGAAUUUUUAUGCCCAUCAAGUGAUUGCUGCCAUGAUACUUCUUCAGAUAUAGAUUCAAGUAGUAUUAGCGCUAGGCAUGAACCUCACAGUUUUAAGUCAGUUGGAUCAAGUCCUAAUGACAGCCCCUCUAGGAUUCAUUUUACUUCCAAUAGAGUUGGGCAUUCUGUACAGCAAGAGCAAAUGGAGACCCAGAGAUCUCCCAAUUAUAGUUCCUUUGACCAAGAAACCUUGAAUGUUUUAAGAAGGGUUGACAAAGGAACUGAGGAUAUUGAGACCACCAAUGGCUUUGGCAAUAAUUUGUCUCUCUUUCAAAGUCAGUUUGAAAACAACGGUCUCAUAUGGUUCCCUCCUCCUCCCGAAGAUGAAUAUGAUGAAACAGAAAACAAUUUCUUUACAUAUGAUGACGAGGAUGAUGAAGUUGGAGAAUCAGGUGCAGCGUUUUCUUCCAGUGGGAGUCUUGCUAACGCAUUUUUGUUGAAGGAGAAACAGAACGGGGGUCACAAAGAGGCUAUAAGAGAUGUAGUUCAGGGCCAUUUUAGGGCUCUUGUGUCACAGUUAUUGGAAGCAGAAGGAGUAAUGUCAGGGAAAGAAGGAAGUGCUGAGGAAUGGCUCGAUAUAGUAACCACAAUAGCUUGGCAAGCUGCAAGCUUUGUGAAACCAGAUACUAGUAGAGGGGGAAGCAUGGACCCUGUUAACUAUGUGAAGGUUAAAUGCGUAGCUUCAGGAAGGCCUUGUGACAGUACAUUUAUCAGAGGGAUUGUCUGUACAAAGAAUAUCAAACACAAGCGCAUGACAUCACACUAUAAAAAUGCUCGAUUACUUCUCUUAGGAGGGGCACUUGAGUACCAAAGAGUUCCUAAUCAACUGGCUUCUUUUAACACCUUACUGCAACAGGAAAGAGAUCACCUGAAGACAAUUGUUUCAAAAAUUGAGGCUCACCGUCCAAAUGUGCUUCUUGUGGAGAAAAGUGUAUCUUCAUAUGCUCAGGAGCAUCUAUUGGCAAAAGAGAUAUCCUUGGUGUUGAAUGUUAAAAGGCCACUACUAGAGCGGAUUGCUCGGUGCACUGGUGCUUCUAUAACUCCAUCCAUUGAUAACAUAACAGCAGCAAGACUGGGCCACUGUGAACUCUUUUAUUUAGAGAGAGUGUCUGAGGAGCAUGAAGCCACCAACCAGUUAAACAAGAAACCAUCCAGAACCUUGAUGUUUUUUGAUGGCUGUAUCAGGCGUUUAGGCUGCACGGUCCUGCUUAAGGGAUGUUGUCGGGAAGAGCUAAAGAAAGUGAAGAGGGUUGUUCAAUAUGCAGUAUUUGCUGCAUAUCAUCUAUCCCUGGAAACGUCUUUCCUCACUGAUGAGGGUGCUAGUCUUCCUAAAAUGGCAAUUCCGCAUUCAAUUUCCACACUUAAAAUUGCUGAUAGAGAAUCUGCUACGCUCUCUUUGGAAGUUGGAGUGCCUGAAUCGUUGUCUCAACAUCAUCACUGUAGUGAAGAUGGAUCGAGCGAUGUUCUCCCUACCACCACGUACAAUGGGAAUUUAGCAUCAUCUGUAUCAGUUGAUGAUUUAACUUCUGGUGAAUUUAUCGAGAGCAGAUGCCACGAACGGGACAGGUCACAGGAUACUUCUUGUCAAGAGGAUGGUGAACCUGGUGAAAUUUCAGAACGCCCUACAGCUGAAAGAGUUAAUGGAAUUGAAGCUUCGACUGACUAUUAUUCAGCUGGUGACAGUCAGCAAAGCAUAUUAGUAUCCUUUUCAAGUCGCUGUGUGGUAAAUGAUACUUUAUGUGAGCGCCCUCGACUCCUACGCAUACAGUUUUAUGGCUUUUUCGAUAAGCCUCUUGGUCGAUAUCUUCAGGAUGAUCUGUUUGGUCAGGCAUCUUGUCGAUCAUGCAAGGAGCCAACUGAGGCUCAUGUCAUUUGCUAUAUUCACCAGCACGGGAACCUUACAAUUAACGUUAGGCGCAUUCCCUCAGUGAAGCUUCCUGGAGAAAAGGACAAAAAGAUAUGGAUGUGGCAUCGGUGCCUCAGGUGUGCACAAGUAGAGGGGGUCCCACCGGCGACUCGCAGGGUACUUAUGUCUGAUGCUGCUUGGGGCUUAUCGUUUGGAAAGUUUUUGGAACUUAGUUUUUCCAACCAUGCCACUGCCAACCGUGUGGCAAGUUGUGGUCAUUCUCUGCAAAGGGACUGCCUCCGAUAUUAUGGAUCAGGGAGUAUGGUUGCAAUCUUCCGCUAUUCUCCUAUUAAUAUUCUUUCAGUCCGUCUGCCUCCAUCGAUUCUUGAAUUCAGUAGUAAAGCGGAGCAGGCUUGGACAAGGAGAGAAGCUGCUGAGCUUUUGAGCAAAGCGAAGUCCUUCUACGGUGAAAUAGCAAGUGCCUUUAACAGGAUUGAGGAGAAAAGUUUGUCGAUAGGAUGUGAACUGUAUGAUACGAGUGAAUUGCAAAACUACAUGCUGGAUUUAAGAGACCUCUUAAUGAAAGAACAGGAUGAUUACAAUGACUUGCUUCAACCUACUGAAGAAGGCGUUUUGGAUAAAGAGUGGGAAGCAAUUGAUAUUCUUGAAAUUAAUCGCAUGAGGCAUUCCCUCAUAGUUGCUUCGCAUGUUUGGGAUCGUCGGCUUUAUUCAAUGGACUCCCUCCUUAACAAGAGUUCUGGUUCACUAGAGCAGGCAACUUCUACUAACCUGGAAAGGUGGAGAAGUGAUUUGAGUUUGAAGAAUGGCAUUAUCGAGCCAGUUCAUGAAGAGAAUACACUCGAACUCCCAAAAUUAGAUGCUGACCAUUCAGAAGAUUCCAUGCUGACCUCAUGUGAAGAUGAAAAAUGUCAGGAUUCAGAAAUUCAGGUGGAGAAUCCCGACAAGAAUUCAUCUUCAGAAUUUGCCCCUUGUUCUGCAGCUGUUCUCUCUGAUAAGAUAGAUUCUGCUUGGACUGGUAUAGAUCAAUCUCAAAAAACGCAGUUGCGUGCUUCGCUGCAAGAUGUACCCGAAACCGCUCCUUCCAGGCAACUAAGCCAAAUCGAGCAUUUUUCUGUAAGAAAGCUUAGGUCACCAGCAAGAGUUCAUUCCUUCGACUCUGCUAUGAGACUUCAAGAACGAAUUGGGAAAGGACUGCCACCAUCGUCGUUGUAUUUGUCAACUCUAAGGUCUUUUCACGCUUCUGGUGACUACAGGAAUAUGAUCCGAGACCCUGUUUCCACUGUUCAGAGGACUUAUUCUCAGUUAUUACCCGGUGAGGCUCAGAAGUUAUAUCCUUUACAGAGUUCAUCAACCGCUUUUAUCUCUCAUGUAUCUCUUCUGCCUGAAGGAGCCAGAUUGAUGGUUCCACAGAACGGGCAAAAUGAUGUCGUGAUUGCUAUAUAUGACAACGAGCCCACUAGCAUAAUAUCCUAUGCACUUAGUUCGAGGGAAUAUAAGGACUGGAUCAAUGAUAAGCCUAGUGUUGUGUCUGAAGGAGGGUGGAGCUUUGGCGAUGCUCACAAGGAAAAUUCGUUAGUUUCAAAGUUUUCAACUUGGCAGCCUUUCGGCUCUCUGGAUUUGGAUUAUAUCCACCAAGUAAGCUAUGGUUCAGAAGAUUCAUCUAGUACAAUUAGUUCCUUCUUUUCGGAUCCCAAAAGUUCCCCUCAUCUUAGGAUAUCUUUUGGGGAUGAAUCUUCGAACGCUGGGGGGAAAGUGAAGUUUUCCGUGACAUGCUACUUUGCUAAACAAUUCGAUACUCUUCGGAAGAAAUGCUGUCCUAAUGAACUGGACUUCAUACGUUCUUUAAGCCGAUGUAGGAGAUGGAGUGCUCAGGGAGGGAAGAGCAAUGUUUAUUUCGCUAAGUCGUUUGACGAAAGGUUCAUAAUAAAACAGAUUCAGAAGACUGAAUUAGAUUCUUUCGAAGAAUUUGGUCCUGAGUACUUCAAAUAUUUGACGGAUUCUCUCAUCUCGGGAAGUCCAACUUGCCUCGCAAAAGUUCUUGGUAUAUUUCAGGUUACAGUCAAGUACCUGAAAGGAGGUAAGGAUACGAAAAUGGAUUUGAUUGUGAUGGAGAACCUGUUUUACGGGAGAACUAUUUCGAGGGUUUAUGAUCUCAAGGGUUCUGUACGAUCCCGUUACAAUUCAGAUACAAAAGCGAACAAAGUCCUGUUAGAUUUGAACCUUUUAGAGACAUUGCAGACUAAACCGAUAUUUCUUGGAAGCAAAGCUAAGAAAUGCCUGGAGAGAGCUGUUUGGAACGACACAUCCUUUUUAGCGUCGGUUGAUGUGAUGGACUAUUCGUUGUUGGUUGGGGUGGACGAAGAGCGGAAAGAGCUCGUGUUAGGGAUCAUCGAUUUCAUGAGACAAUAUACUUGGGACAAGCACUUGGAGACGUGGGUAAAGGCGUCGGGCAUACUUGGGGGCCCGAAGAAUGCAUCUCCGACCGUCGUUUCUCCAAAACAGUACAAGAAAAGAUUCAGAAAAGCAAUGACAACAUAUUUUCUUACAGUACCUGAUCAAUGGUCAUCCUGAGAAAAGGGAUUCCAUUUGGUCUCUCUCAUUCCAUUCUUGAAGCUUCUGGUGGUAAUAAGGGCAAAACUCAAAUUUCUAUUGCACAGGAGAGAAGAAGGUUUUGUUUUGUUUUGUUUUCUUUCCAAUUGGUUCAUUUUUAGUUCUUUGUAAUGGCUAAUGGGGGCAACAAAUGCCCCUUUUGUACAAUUGUACAUUGUAAAACAUUCAUCAAAGCAUCAUCUUCUUGAAAAACCCCUUUUUUGAUUUUUA